AAUCAGCCAUUGCAAGACUCUACUUAGAGAUUAUAUUCACAGGAAAAUGUGAAGGAUAAAGCAAGCAACUGCGAUCGCUGACAGGCAUGGACGUAAAGGGAACUACUUCCGCCGCAGAGAUAUGACGUCAUGACAAGAGCGAUAGACGGCGUAAUCGAGUAGUUAUAGUGAAAAAAACGACUCAUGAAAUUACAGAAACAGCUUGUAGUUAAACAAUCAUGGCGAGCUUGAUUCGUUUGAGCACUGUCUGCCAAAGAGGAAUAAGACCUGUGCUUCUCUGCAACACACACCUGUCUCGUCAGAAGAAUCGAGAUGUAGAGCCUUUUCGUUCGGCUGCAGGGAAGAUCCACGCAGCUUCAUCACACUCAACUGUCUUAAGUUCAAGGGCAGCCUCCAAGCACUGGACAGGUGAACGGGUAUUGAGUAUAGCUCUGCUAGGCAUGGUUCCUGCUGCAUACCUGUGUCCUGGUCCAGUAGUGGAUUACUCUAUUGCUGCAGCUCUCACACUGCACGGACACUGGGGGAUUGGUCAAGUCCUAACCGACUAUGUCCAUGGUGAUGCUAAGAUGAAGCUGGCUAAAGCUGGCGUUUUUAUGCUCUCCACAGCAACAUUGUUUGGUCUCUGCUAUUUCAAUUACCAUGAUGUUGGCCUCUGCAAGGCAGUUGCCCUGCUCUGGCAAAUUUAAUUAUUUGCCCAGAACUGACUGACUUUGAAGGAUUUAUCACUGUUUUAGGUACUUGUCCCAGUGUUUUGAACAGGUAACAUGCCUUCAAAUAAAAAAUAAAAUAAAAUAAAAUCACUUUUACUGUCAUCACCAAUAGCACAUGUGCCAUGGUGAGUUGAUUAUUGUGUUAAAAUGCAGUUAGAGUCCAGUUUGAAACUUAACAUGCAGUAUGUUACAUGUUUGAAUAAUAUUUGUCAUUAUAUUUUACAAAGACAUUUUAGUUGUUAGUCUUCUAAAUGAAGAAAAAUGUGAAAUGAAAAAAGAUAUUGCUUUGGUGAUGGCCUCUAAUUACUGAGCAUUUCAGAUGACCACCAUGGUUGUUGAUAAUUAGUUUUUCUUAUUGGUAUAUGAGAACAUAAGCAAUGUGUAUGUUUAGGACUCUAUGCUUUCUAAGUGUUUAUUAUUUCAGCAGUUAUUGUUGGUCUCCAGCAGAGGUCAGUGUUUUUCAGUUUUAUUGGGAAUGUAUGAUCAUAGUCACAUUGUAUGUGCAGGUCACAUCUGUUUAUAUGCAUUAAAACCAAGAAAUUUACUUGUGUAUACAUUUGUGUAUUGGUUACCUGAAGCAUGACAAUAAAGUCUCCUUAAACUAUUAAGAUGCUAUAAGAGCAAAUACACAAUAAGUUUAUUGUACAGUGAAUAAACUGCUAAGAUUCA